AUGGUGCCCCUCAAUCGGAGAGAAGGAGCCUCCGAGGGCCUUGGGGACCUGGGCCGCCCUGUAAGUCAGGUGCUGGCCAGGAGUCCCGGGCGCUUUGCAGUGCAGGCCGUGGCUGAAGCCCCCCUCACAGGAACGAGCCCUCCCUCGCCCUUUAGAGGGUGCAGGUUGAGGAAGUGCUGUGCCGGAGGGCGCAGGCCCACCUCUGGCUGGGGUGACCUCCCCCUGGUUGGGGUCGAGGUUGCUCGCUGGGCUCCUGAAGAAGUACAUGGCGAUGAUGAUGAUGAUGAUGAUGAUGAUGGUGCUGCUGCUGAUAAUGCUGAUGAUGGUGGUGUUGUGGUACAGCCAGGAGGCCCGCCCAUAACUUGGGCGCAGGUCGGAGCCUUGGGCUCCUUGGGCCUUGUUGGGAAUCUCCGGCCCCGGCCUUUCAGAGGCUCGGGGCUGGGGCCGCCGGCCCCCCGGCCUUUGGCCGUGAAGCUCCACUACCUGGCUGUUGAGUCUCGUUCCUGUUGCUGUGAGGGGACAGCCGAGCUCUCUGGCUCCCUGGGUGUCGACCUGCCUGUAAUCAGGGUCCGGGUCUGGGAGCCUUUGCGCUCCCUCCGCUGGCAGCCUGUGUGGGGUGACCGCCCCGCUAGUGGGGUGCGGGUCAUGGUGCCCCUCAAUCGGAGAGAAGGAGCCUCCGAGGGCCUUGGGGACCUGGGCCGCCCUGUAAGUCAGGUGCUGGCCAGGAGUCCCGGGCGCUUUGCAGUGCAGGCCGUGGCUGAAGCCCCCGUGAGCAGGGGUGCUCAGCCUCCUCUUUGGCCGUUGCUUUGCAUGCCCAGCCAAUUUGCCCAGGGUGCCCGCCUGCGAGCCCUGCUCCAGCCCCGGCCAGAACUCUGCUGUGCGUCGCUCUGCAGCUGAUGGACAACAGAAAAGAGGCGGCGUGUGGAACGGGGAGGCAAGGAGCGGCGUCGGGCUGAAGAGGGGGCACGGGAAAGGCACCCUGGGCAAAGGGACCUCCCUGUGGGCACAGGGCGAGGUCAUGUAAGAGCAUGGUGGGCACCUUUAGGGUGCCCUGGUGGGGUUUUUGUGCUGGGCGACCUCCCUGUAAGCAGGGCUCGGGUCUUUGCUCCUGUUGGUUUUGGCCUUUGGCCGUCUUGCUCCUUUGGCUGCCCGGAGAGCGUGGCGACCCUGUAAGGAGGGUGAGAGCCAGCGCCUCCGCACCCGAGGGGGAAAUGGAGCUCUCUGGACCCCCAGGCCACCCUGUAAACAGGGGAGGGCCGUUUCCCCGUCCCGCUCCUCUGCCCCGGCGGCUUUCUGCCUGCUGGCGGCCUGCCCAGCGUGACCCCCUGGUGUCAGGGUGUGU